UCCAAAACGUCAUCAUUCUAUCGCCGUUUCUUCCCUCCCUCUUCUCUUUAGUCAGAUUUCUUCUCUCUCAAGAUUCCAUUCAAUUUUGAUACGACAUUUGGAUCCAAAACCCCUUUUUUUUAUCAAACGAAAUUCAUUUCUUCCGUUGAAGGUGCGAUUGAUUGAUAAAUAAAAACAAUAAGUUAACUAAUUGAUAAUGGCGAAGGCAAACGAAGCCUCGGCUAUGGAAAUUGACGAUCCAAAAUCAAACAAUUCCGAUCAGAUCAGCCCCAAAUUCUCCAUCAACGUACUGCAACUCCUCAAGUCUGCUCAGAUGCAGCAUGGUUUGCGGCACGGUGAUUACACUCGCUAUCGGAGGUAUUGCACUGCACGGUUGAGGAGGUUAUAUAAAUCGUUGAAAUUUACUCAUGGACGUGGUAAAUAUUCGAGAAAAGCUAUUACUGAAUCCACUGUCACUGAAGUGAGGUAUCUUCAUAUGGUCCUUUAUACGGCAGAGAGAGCUUGGAGUCAUGCCAUGGAGAAAAGACAGCUUCCAGAUGGCCCCAAUGCACACCAGCGCAUUUAUUUGAUUGGUAGGCUGAGGAAGGCAGUGAAAUGGGCCACCCUUUUCUCUAAUUUGUGUGCUAUCAAAGGAGACUCAAGAACUUCUUUAGAAGCUGAGGCCUAUGCUUCAUACAUGAAAGGGAAUUUGUUGUUUGAGCAAGAUCAGAAUUGGGAUACUGCAUUGAAGAAUUUCAAAAAUGCUAGGGCUGUGUAUGAGGAACUUGGGAAAUAUGGAGACUUGGAAAAUCAAGUUUUGUGCCGUGAGCGAGUUGAGGAGCUAGAACCUAGCAUCCGCUACUGCCUACACAAAAUUGGUGCAUCAAAUGUUCAGACCUCUGAACUUCUACAAAUUGGUGAGAUGGAAGGUCCUGCUUUAGACCUCUUUAAAGCAAAAUUGGAGGCUGUCAUGGCAGAGGCAAGAUCUCAACAGGCUGCAUCAUUGACUGAGUUUCACUGGCUUGGACAUAGAUUUCCAAUAUCCAAUGCUAAAACCCGGGUGGCCAUUUUAAAAGCUCAGGAAUUGGAGAAGGAUUUACAUGGUCCAGCAGCAGAUUCUCUACCUUCUGAGAAAAAACUAGUAAUCUUUGACAAAAUUUUUACGGCAUACCAUGAAGCCAGGAGCUGCAUUCGUAGUGACUUGGUCAGUGCAGGUAAUGCUGAAAAUGUGAAAGACGACUUAAAUGGACUUGAUAAAGCUGUUAGUGCUGUAUUAGGGCAACGAACCAUUGAGCGGAAUCAGUUGCUGGUUAGCAUUGCAAAGAGUAAACUCACUAGGCGCCGAGAUGACAAAAAUGAGAAAAUUACUAAGCCUGAAGAACUUGUUCGCUUAUAUGAUCUCUUAUUACAGAACACAGCUGACCUAGCUGAUUUGGUUAGUUCUGGACGAGAUAGAAAGCCUGAAGAAGUAGCAUUUGCUGAAGAAUGUGAGCUUAAAAGUCUGGCUUUUCAAGCGGAGAGGUGCUUUUACUUGGCGAAAUCGUACAGUUUGGCUGGAAAGAGAUCAGAAGCUUAUGCAUUGUACACUCGCACUCGCCAUCUGGUUGAAAAUGCCCUGCAGAAAUUUAAAUCUUGGAACAGUGAUCAGCAACAGGUGAUUGUUAACGAAUUGACAGCUUUACACAAAGAAAGCAGAUCUAACAUUUGCAUAGAGCAUGCAAAUGGGAUUAUGGAGCUGGAGAAGGCUCCUGAGAAGUUGUCCAAAAACAUUUCUACCAUGUCACUAGAUGGAGCAGGAAAAAAGGUGGAAAAAUAUCUUCUGGAGAAACUAGAUGUAUACGAGUCUGCUGUUGGUGAUUCAAAUAAAGGUGUUCCACGCAUUGAAGCCUUCCCUCCAGCAUUCCAAUCAAUACCUCGGAAUCCUAUUGUUUUAGACCUUGCCUACAACUGUAUUGAAUUCCCAUCGCUUGAAAACAGGAUGAAGAAAGACAGGAAGGGCUUCAUUAGUAGGUUAUGGCGAUGAGUUUCCUUUAUGAGGUUUCGAUUUAUUGCCCCACGAGGGAAAAAGAAUUACAGAUGAAAGAUCAGAAAUCAGGUUGCCUUAAAUUUUCUGAUAUCAAAAGCUGAGAAAUUUUGCAGCUGUAUUUAGUUACCUUCCGCGGCCCCCGCCCCGCCACCCCACUUCUUUUCUUUUCGUUCUUUUUUUUUUUUUUUUUGGUGGAUAAUUGCUUAGAAUUCUGGAUUGUGGUGGAUGUUUAAAUUUUGGGCUCACUGGAAUUUGGAAAAUGGAAAUCAACAAAUUUAAGUGGGAACCAAAGUUUCUUUUAUUUUUGAAACACUUUGUUGAUGUGAGAUGG